AUGCUACUCAAAAGGAGUUGCCGACUUACCCUACUCAAAAGGACUUAUCCCAACUUAUCCAAAACUUAUCCCAGUCGACUUAUCCCAAAAAAUUUUUUACUACGUGAAUUAUCCUCACUUGAUGAUGUAGCUAAUGCUGCUUGUUCUUGCUCUUCAUUUGUAAAUACUACACAAACAAAACAACAAGAUUAUAUUAGCAAUAAAUCCAGAGACGAGCCCCGACUUCCAUUUACAGCUUAUAAAAUUGUUUUACAAAAUGAACUCUCCGAAAGCUCUUCCUCUCUUUGUGGAGGAAGUACACGUUCUGACAGAUUUGGACGUUAUUGUUGUCCUUCUUCUCCACAUAGACAACAAAGAAAGAGAUUGGAAGCUGCUCCUGUCAGUACUUCUCAGGGUUUAUGGGAACUAACUAAGAGUGAUGGCAUAAAUUCUCGCUCAACGUCCGAGAAGCAAUGCUUAGAUCUUUAUAGAAGGAAAGAAAAGAGUAACAACAACAAUAAUCAACUUGGUCCAAUGGUUGAUAGUAUAAUAAGUAUUAAUUCCCACGCUUCUUCUUCAAUGGCAACCUCCUCUUCUGCUCAAAUCCAAAUGCCCAAUUCUGGGGCGAUGAUUGACUCGGCAAUUGGGACAGACUUUCAAUCAAGUGCUGAUGAUGAUGAUUGGAAGGAACAAUGUAUAGAGGAUGGAGAAACUACUGAAAAUGUUAAUACACGCCCGAGAACGAAAAGUGGCGUUUUUAGGUGGAUAUUUUGA